AUGGGACCCAAGGCCGCCUCCGGCUUCUACCUGGGCAGGAAGCCCGCCGCCCUGCUCGCGCUGCUGCUGGCCGCGCUGCUGCUGGCCCUGGCCGUGCUGGGGGCUCUGUACGGGCGCUGCCUGGGGGAGGUGGAGGAGCUGCGGGCGGCCGCGGCUCCCGCCUCGCCCACAGCCGGCCCGGAGGAGGAGGGCGCCGGCUGCUGCCCCCCAGCUCCCAGCCCCCGUCCCAGUCCCGGCAGCACGCGCCCGCCGGGGCUCUGGGACAACCCGCGCCUGCCCCGCGCUCUGCUGCCCCUCCACUACGAGCUGCGGCUCUGGCCGCGCGUGAGUCCCGGCCAGCCCGGCCCCUUCGUCUUCUCCGGCCAGGUGAACAUCACGGUGCGCUGCGCCCAGGACACGGCCACCGUCCUGCUGCACAGCUCCGAGCUGGAGCUGUGGGGGGCGGCCGUGCGGGGGCCCCUGCUCGAGGGGCCGGGCGGCGGCGGCGGCGGCGGCAGCAUCGAGGUGGCGGAGCUGUGGCUGGAGGAGCGGCAGGAGUACGCGGUGCUGGAGCUGCGGCGGAGCCUGCGGGCCGGCGGGCGCUACGUGCUGCAGCUCAGCUUCAGGGGGCCCCUGAACGAGGAUCUGGACGGGCUCUUCCUCACCCGCUACACGGACCAGGGGCAGAGCAGUAUGCUGAUUGCAUCACAGUUUGAACCAACAUAUGCCAGGACUGUUUAUCCCUGCUUUGAUGAACCUGCCAUGAAGGCAACCUUCAAUAUCAUAAUUGUCCAUCAUCCCAGUUACGUGGCCCUUUCCAACAUGCCUGCUAUAGAUACAUCUGAAAUGAAAGAUGAGAAUGGAAGCCUAUGGACUGUUACCACAUUUAACACGACACUGAAAAUGUCAACUUAUCUAACUGCUUUGGUGGUUUGUGACUUUGAUUACAUUACCAGGACUGAAAGGGGCAAUGAGAUACGUAUUUGGGGUCGUAAAGAAGCAAUUAAAAAUGGGCAUGCUGAUUAUGCUUUAAAUAUCACAGGCCCACUUUUUUCAUUUCUGGAAGAUUUAUUUAACAUCAGCUACCCUCUUUCAAAAACAGAUCUGGUUGCACUGCCUGAUUUUAGAGAAGGUGCUAUGGAAAACUGGGGGCUAAUGAUUUUCCAAGAAUCAACCUUGAUGUACAUCCCAAGGGAUCAAUUCGGAAGCAAAAAGGCUAUGAUUUGCUUAAUUGUUUCACAUGAGAUAGGACACCAGUGGUUUGGAAAUCUGGUUACCAUGAAUUGGUGGAAUGAUCUAUGGCUUAAUGAAGGAUUUGCAUCUUACUUUGAAUACAUUGGUGCUAGCUACAUGGAACCCAGACUACCACUGAAUAAAUUCUUUUAUUAUCACAUAUUACAACCUGUCUUAAGGGAAGAUAAAGCAGUUCGGUCAUUAUCAGCAAGAGAAGAAAAAAUCAACGGAACAUUUUCACUAGUUGGCCUAUUUGAUAUCCUCACUUACAACAAGGGGGCCUCCAUUGUCUGGAUGCUUUCCAGCUUUCUGACUGAGAGGCUGUUUAUCAAAGCACUCAGUUCAUACCUGAAAGCAUUUUCCUUUUCAAUUGUUAACCAAGAUGAUCUGUGGACACACAUACAAAUGGUUGUAGAUGCACAGAAUGAAGUUCAGUUGCCAGCAUCAGUAAAAAAAAUAAUGGACUCCUGGACAUGCCAAAAUGGGUUUCCAGUUUUAACAUUAAAUCUGUCCACCGGCAUUAUCAGUCAGGAACAAUUUUAUAAUAAAAGGACAGAAAACAAUACUACUUACAAUAACACAUGGAUUGUUCCUAUUUCUUGGAUAAGAAAUGGAUCUGCACAACCCUUAGUCUGGCUAGAUAACAGUAGCAAAAUGUUUCCUGAAAUGCAAAUAUCAGAUUCAGAACAUGACUGGAUUUUGUUAAAUGUGAAUAUGACUGGGUACUACAGAGUUAAUUAUGAUCCAUUACAUUUGAAGAGAUUAGCACAACUGCUUGAAAAAGACCCAAAGGCUAUUCCAGUUGUCAACAGGUUACAUUUGAUAGACGAUGCUUUUACAUUGGCACAGGCUGGAUAUAUUGAGAUUGAGUCUGCAUUUGAACUAACAAAGUACCUUGCCAAAGAAGAUGAAAUGUUUGUGUGGUAUUUAGUACUGUCAAUCCUAAUACCUGACAAUUUGGAAAAUAUUCUGAUCAACUAUGAAUUAUAUCCCUUUUUAAAGAAAUAUCUGUUAAAGAGAAUGUUGCCAAUAUACCAUUAUUAUGCAAAUAUUAUUCGUCAAAAUUUUGAUGCUUUGGCAGAUGACUAUUUUGAUCAAAUUCAUUUGGAAAAAUUUAUUAAUACAGCAUGUUGGCUGGGUCUCCAAGACUGUUUAAACCUAUCUUCUGAACUUUACACUAAGUGGAUGGAGAACCCUGACAAUGAGAUUCCCUUUACUAUUAAAAGAACAAUCUGUUGUUAUGGUGUUGCAAUGGGAAGUGAUAAAGAAUGGGACUUUGCAUGGAAAAUGUAUAAUCAUCAUAAUUCCACAGGAAUAGAUAAGAAUAUAAUGCUCUUUGCCAUGAGUUGCACCAGAGAGUCAUGGUUGCUUUACAGAUAUUUGCAGUACUCACUCAACAAUUCAUUACUGUCUUCUGAUAAAAUAUCCAUAGUCAUUUCAAAUGUGGCAGCUACUGAGAUUGGCCAACGCAUAGCAUGGGAAUUUGUAACAGAAAAUUGGCUACUUUUAAAUGAAAGGCAUAGGAAUGGAAUACUACAGAAAUUAUUGGGAGUUAUGGAAAACUUUGUCAAUACAGACUUACAGAUCCAAGAAUUGCAGCUUUUUUACAAUACUACUCUGGACAAGGAUCUACAGAUUGCUACUACUGAAAUAUUGCAGUUUGCAAAGUUUGAAAAUAAGGAAAGGAGAAAACUCAGAGCCAGAUUUACUGAUUGGUUACAGAAAAAUAUAGAUGACUGACUUCUGAAAUCUGUUUCUCAUAUGUAUUCUAAUAUAUAUUAGAAUAUAGCUUGCUAGCAUUUUUAUACUAUUUUAUGAUUUAAUAAAGAGAUGAAGCACAUGAUUUAUAUUCAAAACCAAAGAUUCUAACCACAAAGCCAGGCCGACCUCAUUCACAGUCGAAGGAUAAAAUUCUACAGAAAACAUGCAAGAAAACUAUUUGCAUAUUACAUCUAUCUUAUUUCCAUACAGGAUGAUGUUUGAGAGACUUAUUCUUAAAUAAAGUCAAGAAAAAUCUGCAGAAACAUUUUUUAAAUAGCCGCAAAGAGUCCUGUGGCACCUUAUAGACUUAUUGGAGCAUGAGCUUUCGUGGGUGAAUACCCACUUCGUCGGAUGCAUAAAUAUGUCAGCAGUUUGGAGGAAUCAACCCUGUGAUUAAAACACAGGACUGGAAGUUAGAAGACUUGGGCUUUAUUCUCUGUUCCCCUGCUGGCUUGCUGUGUGACCUUUAGGCAAGUCACUUAAUCAUACUGAGCCUCAGUUUUUGUAUUUGUGAAAAGAGAAUGGGGACAAUAAUAUGUAAGUUAGAGCAGUGUUAUGGAACGUUAACUCUUGAACAUUUGUUUGUGAAGUGCUUCUUGAUCCUCAGAGGAAAGGCACUCCAGGAAUCCAAAGCUUAAGUUUGUAUACAUUGAUUGCUUUUUCAUCUACACUAAAUUCCAUUAGAAAAUUUGUAGAAGUUUUACUUUCUUCCUGCCUAUUAUUAGGCUUAAUGGAGGUGACUGACAGCCAAAUAAAACCCAGUGAAGAAGUAACAGGCAGUGUUAUAAAGGAAAUAAAGAGCACAAACAGAGCAAUAUCCAGGAUUUCAAAAUCGGAGUUUUCAAUGUGGAAAAUCCUUUGUUGAGUUCCCAGUGCACAUCCAAGGAAGCUGACAGCCACAUCCUUAGCCCCAACUUAGGAUCUGUUUAAACUUGAAGCUGGGGGUUGCGAUUCCCAGCUUGAGGAGACAUAUAGCUGUGGCAGCGCUGGCAGCAGGAAAGGCUAGCCACCCUGAGUAUGUGCCUAUGGUCUUGGAUGGAUACAUGCUUGGGGCGGGUAGCCCCUCCCACUGCUCCUAUGGCUGUGGCUACACUCUAUUUUUAGCACACAGUGGUGCAAAGUAUAAUUAAAGCUGCCUUAAGGCAGUACUGGAGGAUUCUGUCAGCACAGGGGAUGUAUAUGCUGAUGUAGCCAGCUCUAUGCUAGACACUCCUGGUCUCCCCAGCACCCAUUCCAGGAUGGGGAGGGUUUGGGGGAGGAAUGCAAUAUGUUCCACUGCUCAUGGAUAGCAAAGGAGCUGCUCCCUGUUGGCAUGACUUAGAGCUCCUUCAUAGAGAUUCAGGGACUGAUUUGGCCCCCUACAGGAAAGGUAAUGAAAUGACACCGAGGCUACCCCCAGGUGGGCACCGCUCUACACAAUCUCACUGCAGGAUUUAUGUACUUAACUUUCAGCACCCAGCCUAUCCAAACCACUGUCUUUCCCAGCUAUUUGUAACCAUUCUCCCCUUUCCUUGUUUACAGAAAUGUCAGGUUUUUUACCAAAUAAAAAUAUGCUAAUAAUUUAAU